AUGUCUAAGAACUUCUUUGACCAGCUGAUGACAAUAGUUCAUGACAUGCUUCGUGAAGGUAAUGUGCUUCCUAAGUCGACGGAGGAGAUAAAGAAGUUCAUGAAGGUAUUUGGGUUUGGGUAUGAUAUCAUUCAUACAUGUAAGAAUGAUGCAUUCUGUAUCGGAAGCAGUACGAGAGCAUGGAAAGUUGCCCACGAUGUUGUACUUCUCGGUGGGAGAUGGACAAACACAAUGGUGAGGAGCUCAGUGGGAGAUGGACAAACACAAUGCAAUGCUAGUGAAGAUGGUACAAUGAGACAUCCGGUUGACUCUUUAACUUGGGCCCAGGUGAAUGAUUCAUGGCCAGAGUUUGCUGGUGAACCUAGAAACUUGAGACUCGGCCUUUUUACAGAUGAGAUGAACCCUUUCUCCAUUCAGAAUAUGAAACACAGUACAUGGCCAGUGUUGCUAGUUAACUACAACAUGUCUCCGACUAAGUGUAUGAAGGCGGAGAACAUUAUGUUAACUAUGUUGAUCCCAGGACUUACUGCACCGAGUAACAAUAUUGACGUCUAUCUAGCACCACUGAUAGAUGAUUUAAAGGAUUUGUGGGCUGAAGGUAUUGAGGUCUACGGCUCUUUUCUUAAAGAGAACUUCACACUUAAAGCUUUGCUAUUGUGGAGUAUCAGUGACUAUCCUGGAUUAGGGACGUUGUCUGGAUGUAAAGUGAAGGGCAAAAAAGCAUGUAAUGUUUGUGGGAAGGAUACUCCUUCUAGAUGGUUAAAGUUUAGCCGGAAGUACGUGUAUAUGGGCAACAGAAAGCGACUCAGACUAGGUCAUCCUUACAGGCGCAGGAAAGCAUGGUUUGACAACACAAUUGAAAAAGGUACUCCAAAUAGAAUACAAACCAGAGCAAAAAUAUUUGACAUUCUUAGUGAGUUUAGGAAUGAUUUUGGAAGACCUUUAGAUAAGGAAACAAAAAGAAAGAGGUCGGAAUUGUGUGAAGAAGAACUUUCUUCAGAGGAAGAUGAGGAAGACAGUGACCAAUGGCGAUGGAAGAAGCGCUCCAUAUUCUUUGAGUUAUUUUAUUGCAAGGAAUUACCAGUCCGACACAAUAUUUAUAUGAUGCACAUGGAGAAGAACAUCUCUGAAGUUAUAUUGUCUACUUUGAUGCAUAGUACUAAGUCCAAGAAUGGUUUGAAAGCAAGAAAAGAUUUGGAAGAUAUUGGAAUCCGAAGGCAUUUGCAUACUGAGCUACGGGGAAAGAGAACAUACUUACCUUCUGCUGCUUUCUAG